AUGGCCCAGAAUCUGACCCCCGAGCAGGUAGAGCAGUUCAAGAUUGCCUUCAAGAAAGUCGACACCAACGGGGAUGGGGCCAUCGACGCCCAAGAGCUGGGCCAGGCGUUGCGGGCGCUGGGCAAGAAUCUCUCCGAGGAGGAGUUGAAGGCCCUAAUCUCCAAGGUGGACAAGGACGGCGACGGCCGCAUCAGCUUCCAAGAGUUCCUGGAAGUAAUAGCCCAAUAUACCAAGGAGAUGGGGGGCAGCGAGCAAAUGCUGCAGUCGGUCUUCCGAGAGUUCGACCUGGACGGCGACGGCCAAAUCACUGUGGCCGAGCUCAAGCUGGCGAUGGGCAAGAUAGGAGCCAACGUCUCGGAGGAGGAGCUGGACCAGAUGAUCAAGGAGGCCGACGAGGACCAGGACGGACGGGUGAACUUCGAGGAGUUCAAGCGCGUACUCUCUUCGAAGUGA